AUGUUCCGCCCAAGAAUAAGAAUACCACGGAUAGGCCUGGUGCGGCCGCCUCUGCAGAGGUCGAUCCAUCACAUUCCUCAGCUCCGAUAUGACUUCCGAGAGGGCGUACCGGGGCUUCUCUCGCCAGAGGGCUUCGACAUGGCGUGGACACAGUAUAUGACCUUGACGCUUGAAAAGCUCAAUGCUCUCACAGCAGGCACGGAUCACGAAAGGAAAGACACCAAGGCCAUCCUGAUUGCCACAGCCCGCGAGCCCGCCGAGGCGCCCAUCUUCAACUACGCCUCGAUGGCACACAACAACGCUCGUUUCUUCGACGGCCUGUCCCCGACACCUGUCGAGAUACCCGCGCACCUAAAGCGUGGGCUCGAGGCGUCCUUCUCCUCCAUCGAGACCCUGCGGCGCGAGUUCGUGCUGACCGCCUCCGCCAUGUUCGGCCCGGGCUUUGUGUGGCUCGUCAAGGUCGGCAACAGCCACGCCUCCGGACUAUCGGACAACUUCCGCAUCGUCACCACCUACCUGGCCGGCAGCCCAUACCCCGGCGCGCACUGGCGCCAGCAGGCGACAGACAUGAACACCGUGGGCGGCGCCAGCGCCGAGGGCCACGGUGCUGUUGCUGAGUACUUCCGCAAGCAAGGGAACGCGCUGCAGCGCGCCCCGCCGUCGAACUCGCGCGACACCACCAAGCUCGCGCCGGGCGGCAUCGACGUCAUCCCGCUGCUGUGCCUGAACACCUGGGAGCACGUGUGGCUGCGGGACUACGGCAUGGGCGCCGGCGGCUACGGCGGCAAGAGGGCGUUCGCCGAGGCGUGGUGGGAGACCAUCGACUGGAACCGCGUGACGGAGCUCGCGAACAUCUCGAAGCCGGCUUUCAGGGUGUAA